UCCAUGCUCAUCUACCCUCUCUUCAUUUCGGACCAAGACGAUGAGGAGGCCCUGAUUCCCUCUUUGCCCGGCCAAUACCGCCGAGGCAUCAACAAAACAAUGGCUUACGUGGAGACGCUUGUGCGCAAGGGCCUGCGCUCCGUGAUGCUCUUCGGCGUGCCCGUGCGUCCGGGAGUCAAGGACGCUCUCGGCACGGCCGCCGACGACCCCGAGGGGCCCGUCAUCAGGAGCAUUCGUGCGAUACGCCAGCGGUUCCCGCAGCUCUUCAUCUGCGCCGACGUUUGUUUGUGCGAGUACACGUCACACGGCCACUGCGGCAUCCUCCGCGACGACGGCAGCUUGAACAACCAGCUGUCGGUUGAUCGCAUCUCGGACGUUGCCAUUGCCUACGCCCUAGCCGGCGCUCACUGCGUCGCGCCGUCCGACAUGAACGACGGUCGCAUCCGUGCAAUCAAGCUGAAGUUGAUUGAGGAGGGUAUCGCGCACAAGACGGUGCUGAUGUCGUACUCGGCCAAGUUCUCGGGCUGCUUGUACGGGCCGUUUCGCGACGCGGCAGGCUCUGCCCCGUCAUUCGGAGACCGCAAGUGCUACCAGCUGCCCCCGGGCGGCCGCGGCCUGGCGCGUCGCGCAAUCGUGCGCGACAUUGGCGAGGGUGCGGACAUCAUUAUGGUCAAGCCUGCCAGCCAGUACCUCGAUAUCAUCAGCGACGCGAAGGAGCUCGGCAAGGACAUGCCCGUCGCUGCCUACCAAGUCAGCGGCGAGUUCGCCAUGAUCCACGCGGCGGCCAAGUCGGGAGUGUUCGACCUGAAGCAGAUGGCGUUCGAGUCGACCGAGGGCAUCCUCCGGGCGGGCGCGACAAUUGUCAUCAGCUACUUCACCCCCGACUUCCUCGACUGGCUCUCAACCUAGACGACGUAUGGCAUGACGAAAUGAAAAGACAACGUGUUUUGGGCGUUUAGCUUUCUUGAAAACGUGGAUGAACUACACGUGGUUCGCAUGGUGCUGGGAACGGGUACGGCAGGCGUUGGUUUCGCGCAUUUUUACAGAUAUACACUUUCUUGAUGGUAUAGUGUCGUGUAGAGGAUACCAAAAAAGAAAACUAUGUAACGCGAUGAUGAACGGCAAUGACUCGAGAAGAGGCAUCUGUGCGACGUUAGAUCCAGCGGCGGUGAAGGGUCAGACAAGCUCAUGAUGGUCUGCUAGGAAACCAUGUUG